GCCGGCGAAUGGGGUGUUAGUGACUGCGCAAAGGAGUUCCGCUUGCGGCGGGGUGUAUAGGAAUUCGUUGGUGGAUAGUGACUCUAGCGCUUGUGAGGUCUGGAUUCCCGGACGGGAGGAUGUCGGGGAAUGAGCGGCGAGAGGAAGACCGCCAGGGGCGGGACUACCGUCGCGCCGAUGACCGGAGGAUAGAUGUACGACGAUCUGAUGAAGGAUAUGAGGAGGAUCGCAGGAGAUACCGCGCGCCUACAUGCUUCAGAUGUCAUGAACCCGAGCACUACGCUAACCAGUGCCCGGACAGGAAUCGAUGAAGUUUUCGCUCGGACAGACCAUCUACGUCAAUGGAUUCGAGAGGAAGCCGCUCUCCACGACGAACGGAUUAUAGACGGAGAUGGGAAUCACCGCAGAGGGAAGCGGGAAGCGUCCAGGCUACGGUCGUUGAACUGGGCAAAUCAGUGGCGGCAAUGAAGGACUUCUUUGACGAAGCCCGAUUAAAGAAGUUGGAGAAAGAGCGUAAAAAGCAAGAAAAGAAGGAAGCGGAAGAGCAUGAAGCAGAGGCGAAGGAGCGGGCGGAACAAAAAGCAAUGAACCAGGCGGAGAAACGUCGUAAGGAACUGGAACUGGAAGCAGAGAGACGCCUUGAGAUGAAGAAAGAUAACGAGAUGCAGCUGGCUAUUCGAUUGAGCGAAUUGGAGGAUAAUGUUACCUGUAGAGUUGAGAGCGUGACCAGACCGCUCAGAGAACUGGUCAAACUCGGUAAGAAGAAGGUGACAUAUGCUACGGGCAGCGAAUCGUCUGCCACUAAUGAGGACGAAGGCAGUAACAUCAGUGUCACUCAGGAGCUGAACUCAAAGACGGAGCGGCUAUGCAUCUCUGAAAAGAGGAAGAGAGGUCCUGAUCCACUUUUUGAGGGAAGUCCUCCAAUGGAGACUCCUCCGAAGCGUACCCGUAAACGAGGGACUUUGAAGCCGGCAAUCCCUUCAGCCCGUCUGACUAGAUCUAAGGCGUUAGUAAAGAACCCCGGCUGUGUGAAACAUGUCUCGCCGGUGAAGACACCGUUGUCAAAGAUGGUGAAGAAGAAGCGCACACCGAUGGAGGGUACUCCAUUGAAGUCCCCAGUCGCGCAACUCCCUCCAGCUACUAAAGAUUCGCCCUACCAGAAAUCGGGAGGGCAUGUCCGUUUUCGGCUAAGCGAGUUUGAAGGGCUUGACCCUCUUCUGCAUAAUUCAAAGAACGUUCCUCAAGUUGUUAAGGAGGAUAGAGUCGAAUUGUUGUACAAGGAGUUGAUGGAGGGCUUUAGCACGUGGAGGAAUUGGAAAGGGGACCCACCACGCAUUUGGCGUGAGGUUGUUCAUCGAUGUAUGAGUGAUCAUAUCGGUGAGAACGGUCAAUUGUCGUCUGCCCAUCUCAAUGAUUUGAAGUUAGAGCUUCGAGGGUUUGUGUUGACCCCUCUUGAUCGCAACCCUGGCGAGACUUUGGUACUAUGCCCGUAUCUGUAUUUUGAGGCAAUGAUGUCUACGUUGGUUAGGAAUCCAGGAUAUCGAGUCAUCGAUGCUGCACCAUCUGUAGUGCUACGGGAGAUCAGGGAGGAAGUGUCAACGCGAGGCUUGGAGAAAUUUGCCAAAUGGAACAAAGAUGGGGGAUUCAGCUAUGCCUACGUUAUACCUAAGCAGAAAGAUGUGGAUAGGUAUAGGCCAAUCUGCCCUACGUACAGUGAGUCAAUGGUUAGAACGGGUCGAGUUGUUUCAAGAGGCCUGAACCAUUUGUUGAAGACCUUACCUAAGAAUUGGCAUUUCAAUCUGACAUUUGUGUCUGGCCUUGCUGCGAAACUGAAGGAUAUCCAUCAGAAGAUCUUAAGGCGAGAUGCAGGCGGUGAGGUAUAUACGGCCUCCUUUGACAUCAAGGAGAUGUUCAGCAGGUUGCCGCAUGACGAGACCAUGGCCGCUGUCGAUUGGCUGUUUGACUUUCACAGGUCAAAGGGCCGGUGCUUCAUACGAGUGAAUACCCGUGGGAACGGUUCGUCUUUUGGCCGAACCACGGGAGCAGAUAAUUGGCGAGCUUUGGAAUUCACUCACAUGAGGGAUUUAAUUCUUCUCGAGCUACGUCAUACAUAUGUGUUUGCCACAGGUAGUAUUAUGUUGGAUGAUUACUGGAAGCUUGGACUCUUGUUGCUUGAAGUCAGUACUUAGGCGGUUUUGUAUACAGGAUGGAACUGUUCAAUUAGAUAGUUUUGCAUGCCAGGAUGUCAAAUCAGGAUAGGGUAGUCUGAUAAUCGCAUGUGCACCGCAUAUCAUGCUGUUGCUGUAGAACUAGGGUUCACACAGAAACUUACGCCGUAGCCGGAUUUGGAUAGGGUGUAUGGAAGGGGGCACGUUGUCGACCUAUUGUUGAUAUUUUCGUCUUAUUUCUAUCUGUACCUGGACCAGUAGGUCGACGGUACCCUCAGGUUGGUUUCUUUGUUUUCUUUAUUUUCUAGUAUCAGUGCCUUCGGUAAGUGGACCCACCCACUAAACUUAGUAGGGUCUGGGCCCAUAUUUUUUGUUGUUUCAAGUAUGAUUUUUUCUUUACUAGGGCUGUGUAGGUAGGUAUUGAUUAGUAAAUAGGCAAUCAUUGC